ACAAAACUUGAUCUACACGACAAAUCGUUCAAAUUUUACGAUCCGUCGUUUACCCAGAGAUAUGAGAGUCUUGGAGCGAUGAAACGUUUAUGAUCGAAGGACAAAAAAAAAUCCUACUUUUCUCCCAAAACUUGACCUUGACCGCUCUGCUUAAACACUACUAAAUAGUGUGUUUGUCUCUCUGGAGAGAGAGAGAAAACAAGUAAGAAAUGGUGGUGAAGCGGAGUGAAGCGCAUUUGAGCAAGGAUUCAAAGGUGGAAGUUUGCAGCAACGAAGAGGGUUAUAGAGGUGCAUGGUUCCCUGCCAUAAUCCUUGACCCACAACCCUCAGAUCUCUCAGCGAAGAAGAAAAGGAAGAGCCUUGGCAACUCAAGCAAGGCUCUGGUGCAGUACGAGACUCUGGUCUUCGACGAUGACCCAAACAAGCCACUCACUGAGUUCGUUGACGUGUGCUCCAUCCGGCCCGUGCCUCCUCCUGACAAUCCUGACCAGCCCUUCGAGCCCGCAGACGUCGUAGACUCCUUUUACCAAGAAGCUUGGUGGGUGGGGGUUGUGAUGAGGUUUGAGGAUGACAAGUAUACGGUGGGUUUCAAAAACCCACCUGAUCUGCUUGAGUUAAGGCGCUCUGAGCUGCGGCCUCAUUGGGAUUUUCUGGACGGCGUAUGGAUUCGAGCCCGGAAGGAGAGGAUAGAGGAGACAAUUUUCAGCCAUGGGACAGCAGUGGAAAUAAAUCUCAACGAAGACAAUCUAUUGUAUGCUUGGUUCCCAGCAAUAUAUCUUGGUGAACUAGGGGUUAACUCUUUCUUGCUUCAAUAUAAGAGCUCAAACAACCGUGAUGUUAAAGUGGUUGUAAAUGGCCAUCAGAUUCGGCCUCAUCCUCCAAAGUCUGGCAAAAGAGAUUUUAACUUGAUGGAAAUGGUGGAUGCAUUCUAUGAUAUGGGUUGGUGGGUCGGAGAGAUUACACAAAUUCUUACAGAAGAAAAGUAUAUGGUCCGUUCAAAAUUCACAAAGCAGGUAAAGGAAUGCAGUCCUUCAGAAUUGAGGCCUCAUGUGGAAUGGACGGAGAGAGGAUGGAUUACAAAGAUCAAUGGAACAUGGGUUGAUUGCUAUAAGGAAGCUCACUUUAGUGUGGAUUAUGAAGUACAAUCAAAGCGUGCAUGCGAGAGUUUCAGAAGCUCCGAGGUCGCUAAAGCACUUGAAAGUUCAGGUGCUACCAAGGAUAAUAAUGAAGAAAAAACAGCUUGUUCAAGGAUUUCAUGGAAGAAUCAGUUGGAGCACUUGAGUCCUUGCAUUGAUAAAUCACCAUAUGGAAAGACCAAAAAGAAACUAAAAAUUAAUCAGAAACCCAAUGAGGAUGCAACAAUUCUAUGUCUUUCCAAGAAUCCAGAAGACUUCUUAUCUUUUACACCAUCAUUUUCAAGGAGAACGCCAGCUAAAACAUCAAAAAGAGAAGCCCCAGUUAGAAAGGGUGCGAAGACUGAGCAACAACAGGUUGGAGAACCGGACAAUCAAGAAAUCAUUUCUUAUAAACAUAAAGUCAAGAAGGGCAGUGAAAUCGAAAAUGCUGAUGAAGAAGAUGUUGAAGAUGAGUAUGGACUGGACAACAUUGAAUCUUCUGGUAUAAGGUCAGAUUCUGAGCUAACAGGGGGAUCUCAUGCUGGAACAUCAUGUCUGCUCCCCGUAGAGGAGGUUGAAUGGAAUGAAGAUGGGGUGAGCAGUGAAAUAAAAGGGAAGGGAAAACAGCCUGAAUUUCUUGUUGAACACCCAAAAGAUCCAGCAACAGAUCAUACGAAUGAUAUAUUUGAAUUGCCUGUAACAACAAUGUGGGAUUUGACAGGCGAGAAGCUCAAUGGAACUGGAGUUGUUGCUCAAGUUGAAUUGACUAAGACUCAAGUUGUCAAUGAUAAUGGUAAUCCUGCAGGGUUUUCCAGCAAACAAAAUGAGGUCAGAGGAAGACAGGUUGAAACUGGUGUAACAGGUUCUGAAGAAACAAUGAGAGAGACGGAAACUCUGGAUUCCGCAAUGGAUUACUUGACAAAAGAAGUUCAGGUGACUGUGACUGGAGUAUCUGCAACAGCGUCUGCCCAUGAUCAACCUUUAUCACUGUAUGUAGAUGAAGUGCAUUCUAUAAAAGCCAAAGAGUGCUCAAGUAACCCUGCUGGGACUGCCAAGCAACAAAAUGAGGUUGAGCAACAAGACAGUCCACAUUCACCUUUUGUGAGAAGUUCUCCAUUUUGGAAAAGUAUUGAAUCCAUGGAAGUAUUCAAAAGAUUUCCGCAAAGGCCACAUUUUCUUCCUCUGAUGAAGUGUAAAGCGGUUUGUCGCGAAGGAUCCGCUCUUGGAAAUAUGAUAACCUUUGCCUCUUUGGUGGAGAAGACUUCCAAGUUGCAAGUUGGCGAUCCUAGAGAGUUAUUUGAUAGCAAUUUGGAGGCACUAGUUGACUUGGAAAUGUUGGGAUUUGAUGUCACGGCAGUACGGCAUCGACUGAAGGAAUUGAUUGAAAUGAAAGUUAAGUUGGGUCAGCUUGAGAACCAAUCAAAAGAAGUUGACAUUCAGAUCACGGAGUGUACUUUUGACAGAACCAGAAACAAUGAAACAAUCAGUCAGAUUGAUAAGGAGAUCAAGGACUUGAAGGAAAAACGGGGGACCCUGAUGUCAAUCGAUGUGGCCAAAGGUUCUGAAAUUAGCAAGCUGCAAUCAGAAGCAAAUGCUAUCACUGAAGGCAUUCAGAGCAUCCAUCGUGAUUUUGAGAAAUUAGCUGCUGCAGCGUGGUGAUUGUUGUGAUUCUGAUGGAUGACCCUUGAGAUUAGCACUCUUUUAGCUAACCCUUGAAUGGUUUGGAGCUAGGUUUGUCCAUGGAAACUGAUAUAUAAUAUUUAUACCCUUUUGAAUGUAAUGUAAUGAUGGAAGUGAUACCAAACUGUUGUUGUUUUUUGUAACAGAUAUUUGCCCUAGAAUGCUGGUAACAGUCAUCUGUACUACCAUAUCCUCAGCCAGUAUUAGACUUAAUGCUACUCAAAACAUACUUAUAGACCGGUUUA